AUGGACAAUGCGCCGUAUCACUCGGUAAAGAAAGAAAAAUCGCCAACAUCGUCCUCAAGGAAGGCCGAUAUAAUAAAAUGGUUAGAAGAUAAAGGCGAGGUCGUUGACAAUACCAUGGUUAUCCCAGAAUUAUUGGACAUUGUUAAGAGAAUUAAGCCACUUCAUAAUAAGUAUGUGAUAGACGAACUCGCCAAAGCUACUAAUAAAACAAUUUUAAGGCUUCCUCCUUAUCAUUGCGAGCUCAAUCCCAUUGAACUCGCAUGGUCAUCCGUCAAGAAUCACACUAUAGUCUUACGGUUGCCUCCUUACCACUGUGAACUAAAUCUUAAAGAACUAGCGCGGUCUUGGAUAAAAAACUAUGUACGUAUGAAAAAUACCACAUUUAAAUUGAACGAUGUGCAUGAUUUAUUAAAAAAAGCCGUGGACAACGUAACUAGUCAAAUGUGGACAAAUUUUGUUGGCCAUGUUAUAAAAGAAGAGGACAGAUUUUGGAAAAUCGAUUUUCUGUCUGAUGAAGUUUUUGACGUGGAACCUGAAACAGGAAAGCAUGUAUUAACAAUUACAGGCCAAACUACUUCAGAUUCCGACGACGAAGAUAUUUAA